UGAUUCAAAUAAACAAGUAAGAAAAAAAUAUCAAAGGAAUAUGGAUGGUCAAGGUAGCCGCUCCUAUAGUAAUCGUGAUGAGGAGGAUCCGGACCCAAUGCUCCUGGCGGCUUUGUUUGCCAUUAUCAUUCUGCUGUUGAUUCUCAUCAUUCUAUUUAUCAGAAGAUGCAUGAAAUGUCGACAGAAAAGCGCCUCUGUGGUUAGAUAUGUAAACCCUGUGUUAACGGUUUCCGAGACCCAGGCACCAUUGAUUGAUGAUCGUGUCACCAUUGUACUGGAGGAAAUUGAUCAUAGCGUCGCCCCUCAACAAGACGAGACACCGGAAGUCGUGGUAGAAUACUGCAAUCUCAAGUCGUAUCGAGUAUCACUCGAACAGUUCAUCAGGGAGGUAGAUGAAAAGCGAGACAAGGAUGCAUUCCGUGAAGAAUUUAAAGAAAUUCCGAAUGGUUUAUUAGAACUUCACUCAGCAGCACUGAAAAAGGAAAACAAAUCCAGAAAUAGAUACAAAAAAGUUUACCCAUAUGACUAUUGCCGUGUUAUUCUGGAUACAAACGACAAUACCGGAAGUACUGACUAUGCGAAUGCCUGUUUCGUACACGGCUUUAACCACGAUAAAGAAUACAUUGCUGCUCAAGGUCCCUUUACCAAUGAAACUCUAUUGGAUUUUUGGCGGCUUAUCUGGCAGAACCGAUGCGCCCGGAUCGUCAUGCUGACAAAUCUAUUUGAAGGAGAUCGAAUGAAGUGUUUGCAGUACUGGCCGGAAGCAGAAGACAUGCACUUUGGACCUUUCCUGGUUAGGGCAGAAUCCCAGGACGUCUUUGAGCAGUACAUCAUCAGACGGAUCAUCGUUGAAAAAGGAGGUGAGAAAAAACGAGUCACCCAGUAUCACUUCACUGCUUGGCCUGAUUGCCGAGUUCCAGACGACAUCGAAACGUUACUGGAAUUCCGAAACCUCAUCAUUCACGGUAUCCUGCCUGAGGAGGGACCAAUUGUAGUCCACUGCAGCGCUGGGAUUGGUCGCACGGGAACAUUCAUCGCUCUCGACUCACUUCUGAAGGAAGCAGCGGCAAUGGACAGCAUUGACGUCAUCAAUUGCGUCUCUAAGCUACGUCAACAGAGGGCGUUCUCAAUCCAGACAGAUAUGCAGUAUGCAUUCCUGCAUGAUGCAAUCGUACAUGCAGUCACUCACCACAAUCUACCAGCCCCCUUUCCUAUAGUGGACGGGAUGAACCCCAAUUGUGGAUAAAAUUCAAGCAUGUGUACAAGAAAGGAUUUCAGGCGUCUCCAAUUACAUUGAUUUUUUGUUUUGAAGGUUGGUGAGGAGAUUUAGUGCUGAUUGCUAAAAUUGUGAUGAUUAUGAUGUUUAUGUAAAUAAUUUCCUUUAUUGCUGCUUCUCAGAUAUUUUUAUAAUCUUUUUAAUCUAUUACAAAUUAAUUUUUUCAGUUCUGUGUGCCU